AUGGCUGAUCCUUCAUUGUUCACCAAGACCUCAGGAAGCUCUUUCACUGCACUUCUCAUUUAUGUGGAUGACAUUUUGAUAGCUGGGAAUUGUAAACCACAGAUCAAUGAGCUUAAAGAGUUUCUGGAUAAAUCCUUAAGGAUUAAAGAUCUUGGUCACCUGAAUUUCUUCCUUGGAAUAGAGGCAGUCAGAACAGCAGAUGGCAUUAGCUUGUUUCAGAGAAAGUACACUUUGGAAAUUCUCAAAGAAAAUGGGUUCCUAGAAGCUAAACCAGCAAGUACUCCAGCCACAACAGGUUUAAAGCUUGUCAGUUCAGAAGGGGUUCCUCUUGACAACCCUGAGAUUUAUAGAAGACUCAUUGGGAAACUGUUGUACCUAACAAACACAAGGCCAGAUAUUUCACAUGUUGUACAACAGUUAAGUCAAUUUGUUGAUAUGCCUACCAAUAUUCAUCUCACUGCUGCUCAUAGAGUCCUUAGAUAUCUCAAAGGUUCCCCAGGGAAAGGUUUGUUCUACCAUGCUAAUUCCCAUGUGCAACUGAAGAGAUUUUCAGACUCUGAUUGGGCUAAUUGCAUUGAGUCUAGAAUGUCGAUUACUGGCUUUUGCAUAUACCUUGCUGAUUUGAGUGUGAAAUUUGAUGUUGCAACUCCUUUGUUUUGUGAUAAUCUAUCAGCUAUUGCUAUUGGUGAGAAUCAUGUGUUCCAUGAACGCACAAAACAUAUUGAAAUUGACUGCCAUAUUGUCAAACAAAAGGUGCAUGAAGGGCUGAUCAAGCUGCUGCCAGUUUCUUCCCAAAAACAGAUUGCUGAUGGUUUCACUAAAGCCCUACCAAAACCUGCUUUUGAAACCUUUCACUCUAAGCUGGGCAUUCAUGAUAUUCAUGUUCCAGCUUACGGGGGGUGUUGA